AGUUAAAGAAAAUAAAUUAUGGUAAUGUGGCUACUCCUUCUAGUCGUUACAAGUAGUUCUGGCCAACUUGCAGAUAUAGGGGACUGGGGUGAAAUAGAAGGAGGUAACAGUGACUGCAAAGUAACUGAGUACGGAGGUUACCUUCUGCUUGGUUGUGGUGAUAUUACAGAAGAUGAGCAUGAUGGCAGGCAAAGCAAUGUUUUCAAGUGCUGGACUUCUGACACCCGCUACACUGUUUCUUCUAAUGAUUUUAUCCAUCAAGUUUUCUAUAAUCAGACAUGUGAAAACGAUCCCAAAUACUACCAGGUUUGUGGACACAUCUUGCACCUAUUCCGCUAUAUCCACGACACAGAGCACCUGUGUGGGUAUUACAUCUGUAACAGGACAAAGACUGAUAUAAUAGAACCUGAGACAAGGUUUCUGAGUGGAGUUGCUGUACCUUGGUCUUAUGAAUGCAAUAAUAGAACUGACUGCAGAGAUAAUCUAGAUGAACAAAACUGCCCUUCAGAAGAGGAAUCAUUUGAAUGUCUCGAUCCGACCAAUAAGCGAAUUUAUCAAAGUCAAGUUUGUGAUGGUAAACGAGAUUGCCACCCGAUUUGGGGAUUCGAUGAGGUGAACUGUAAUCACACAUAUGGUUUGGAAUGUCUGAAGGAAUUUGGGAACACUAACAUAAGCUCCUGGCUUACACCCUAUCAGAUCUGUGAUGGUGGAAUACAGUGUAACAUUAACGGUGAAGAUGAAAUCGGUUGCGAGGAAACAGCCAAUAAAACUAAAUGUAUCGGUGGAUAUACAGAAAACAACGCUGAAAUGUUCAUCAGUGAAAAUCAGAAAUGUUACAGGCCUGACAACGCAUAUAUUAAGGUCUGCCUAGAUGGAAAAGAUCAACUGAAUUGCACGGAUAAUGUGUCGCUGAUGUGCGAAGUAAAUGGGCACACCACUUCUGUAACUGAUCUCGGCCUGUGUAUUGGUCCAGAUUACGGGCCCAAUUGCGAUGAUGGAAUAGACAACAAUUGUUUAACUCUGGAUCCUCAGUGCACGGUUCACAAGCACCUGACGUGCGAUGGUGUUGCUCACAAUUGCGGAAAUGGGGUUGAUGAGAACAAAUGGCGGUGCAAUGGUAUGACCGAACGAUUUAAAUGUCACAGAAGGGUCUUAGAGCCAUUGUACAGGGGGAAGAAGCUUCUUCCAAAAUCCAUUCCAAUAGAGUGGGCUUGCGACGGAAUAAAAGAUUGUAUCGAUGGCAGCGAUGAAGAUAAAGAAAUUUGGAGGGUAUGCUUAGAGGGCCCAAAUUAUGAACAUUUUAUUGAAAAGCAUAAAGAAUGUAGAGAUGUAUUCAUCUGUGAAUCUCAAUUUGUCAAAUUGGAAAACUUGUGUCGCAACAAAGACAUUUGCGAAACAGAGAGGAAGGUUUGUGAUAACAUUGCUCAGAACAAAAGGGGCUUUUUGACUCAAGCAACAAAAUUCAAAAAGCAAAAGGUUUUAAGCCAUUGCGUUCCUGGAAUAAGUUUGCAGAAAGACACAGGUUAUCCUCAUCUCAGUUGUGAGAAGAAAACUGUUUCAAUGAAUGAGGAAGCAUAUGGCACAAUUCCGACCAGCCUGAUCCAUCCAGUAAAGCCUCAGUCGUGUAGGUCGUAUUAUGGGGAGCUUUACGUUUAUCUUAGUUGUCUAGGACUCUGUUCAGAUGCUGAGUGUCCUCUUCAAAAGAUUGAGCACGACAGCUGUUCCAUCGAGCCAGGAUUGCUUUAUACUCUCACCAAACAAAACACUCUUACCAUCGCUAAAAGAUUGGGGAGAGGCCGGUACACAAACGAAAUCUUUUCAUGUAGAAACAAACGCUGUAUAUCCUACGACAAAGUUUGCAACCUUCAUGAUGACUGUGGUGACAGCUCUGAUGAAGAGAGCUGUUCCAACCACUUCUUUUGUAAGUCAGACGAUCGUAACAUUUCUAUUUCACUAAAAUGUGACGGGAGAUUUGAUUGUGCAGACGGGUUAGACGAAUGUAACGAAGAAUGUGGUGCCCAGAUAAUCAACUCAACGUUCCUUAAGACAUCAGCUUGGAUUCAAGGAAUCCUUGCAACUCUAUUCAAUAUCAUUGUGGCAGUAAAUCAUCUGCUACAACUCAAGGGGAAAUUGAGCAACAGAACGUCACUGACAGUGGCACUGCUCGUUAUCUUCGUAUCAAUUGGAGACAUGUUUGUUGGAAUAUAUUUGAUAAUCCUGGCGGUUCACGAUAGUAUUCGAGGAGAACUGUAUUGCAUGAGCCGCUUUAACUGGCUUAAAAGUGGACUCUGUACUUUUCUUGGAGUCAUCAAUUGCAUUGGAACACAACUAGCUCUAUUCUCGAUGGUCUAUAUCAGUAUUUUCAGGGCGUGGGUCAUGAAAACACGAAGCAUUUCGUCAAGACCAGCUGAUUGGAAAUACUUGCUUGUCCUAGCGUCAACAGUAUUUGCUUUUAUCAUUUUUCCAUCGCUUGCGUUUUCACUUGCCCCGCUGCUACCUCGGUAUCAGGAUUACUUUAUGAAUGGUGUUUAUUAUGGCAAAGAUAACAUUCUCUUCAAAGGGGCUGUCAAUAAAGAGGAACACAUCAUGACGCUACAAAGUUACUAUGGCAGAUUCUUGGGAGCCCAUGAAGUGGAUUUGUCAUGGCAGGAAAUCAGAAAACUGGUAAAUUCCAUGUUUACAGACAGCUACGGAGGUAUAAAAGGGGACAGCAUAGGGUUCUUCGGCAACGAGGGAGUUUGCCUCUUCAAAUACUUUGUUGAAAAGGGUGACCCCAAAAGUGGCUUCACUUGGUCACUUUUAAUCGUCAACUUCUGUUGCUUCGUUGUUAUUGCCUGUUGCUACACCUACAUAAACUACAUUAACCUUAGCUCAGCAGGCACGACCAACACUGACAAAUCCAGGAAAACUGCCCGGGACAUCCAGCUGCGUAUUAGCGUUAUCAUCCUCACUGAUUUCCUUUGUUGGGUGCCUUGCAUUAUUGUGUGUCUGUUGCAUUACCUUGGAGUAAUAAACGCUACUCACUUCUACCCAUACUUCUCAAUAUUGCUCCUUCCCAUAAACUCUCUGAUGAACCCACUUAUUUAUGAUAAUACGGUUCCUAAUUUCCUUAUGUCAGUAUUGUUAGUGCCUUACAAGAAGAUCAAAGAGUGGGUUCAACAGUUUAGGACAGAGGAAAGUGACAGGUCUUGUAAUGAACAGCAAGGUUGUCAGUUAGGACUGAAUGCUAUGGUUAAAUCAACAGUAACAGUGGCAACUAUGAUUGAGACUGAGCUUAAUGAUUAAAUGUAUGAUUUAGGGCAAGAGUUUCAUAUUAUCUUACUUUUAUAAAAGAUAUUAUAUUUAUUCUUUAACAAUUUCUUCACAUUAUUGUUAUAAUCU